CCUGUGGUUUCCGCACCGCCACCCCCACCCCUUGAGUGGACAUUUAUCCUCCGCUGCUCAGGCCCUGCCGCCAUCGAGGAGGACCCGACGCGUGGAGAGGCCACAGCAGAGGUGUGUGUGGGGGCCAGGAAGAGAGACCUGCUGCCCAGGUCCUACAUCAGCUGCACUGACCCCUCCUCUCCACCUCUGCAGAACCACCAUGGCCCCCACUGCACUCCUGGCCUCCGGCAUUCUGAUGUUGCUGUGGCUGACAGCCCCCAGCAAGGCCUGCACCUGUGCCCCACCCCACCCUCAGACAGCCUUCUGCAACUCUGACGUCGUCAUCAGGGCCAAGUUCGUGGGGAUCUCAGAAGUCAACCAGACCACCUUAAACAAGCGUUAUGAGAUCAAGAUGACCAAGAUGUUCAAAGGAUUUAAUGCCUCCAGGAAUACCCCUGACAUCCGGUUCAUCUACACUCCUGCCAUGGAGAGUGUCUGUGGCUACUUACACCGGUCCCAGAACCGCAGCGAGGAGUUUCUCAUCGCUGGACAAAUGUGGGAGGGGCAACUGCGAAUCACCACCUGCAGCUUCGUGGCUCCCUGGAACAAGCUGACCUCUGCUCAGCGCAAGGGCUUCACCAAGAUCUACAAGGAGGGCUGUGAGGAAUGCACAGUGUUUCCCUGUAGGUCCAUCCCCUGCCAACUGCAAAGCAACACUCACUGCUUGUGGACAGACCAGUUCCUCGGACGCUCGGAGAAGGGUUCCCAGAGCCGCCACCUCGCUUGCCUGUCCCGGGAGCCAGGCCUAUGCACCUGGCAAUCCCUGAGAUUCAAGGACGCCUGAACCCUGCCCCCAGGGGAGCCACAGCCUGCCCAGCGUUCAAACCCAUUUUAUUCUACUUCCACUCUCUUCCUCCUAGACAGUGAAAUAAAGAAUUGCC